AACCUGUCUGAGCCACCGUAGGACUAUGCUACCCACUGAUAUCAAACUGUGAGUGGGGUUUAACGGAAGGGAAGUGACAUGGUGGCGAAAUGUCUAACAGUGAGCACAACCAAGAGUUCCAGAUGGUGGAGCAAAUGGAAGAGAUGGGUGAAAGAAAAGCUGGCAAUGGAAAAGCUCCAGAGUCCCACCCAAGUGGAGGCAUGGGGUCCCCCUCUCUGACUUCUGAGUCUACUCCCUUCCCAAAUUCUUACGCCAACCAGUAUGCCAUGAGGAAAUUCUUUGUUACAAGGCCAGGAGCAUUUGACCAAGCCAUAGAAGAUCUAAAAAUCCACGUGGUCAAGAAUUCGGGGGAAACUGCUCAGAGCUUCUGGCUUUUGACCGAGAUAGAUCAUUGGAACAACGAGAAGGAGCGUGUUGUGGUGAUCACAGACACCACCCUCCUGGUCUGCAAAUAUGACUUCAUAAUGCUCAGCUGCGUCCAGGUGCAGCGGAUCCCCCUGAGCUACAUCGACCGUAUCUGCCUUGGCCAGUUCACCUUUCCUGAGAGGUCUCUGGACAAGAGGGAGGGAGAAGGCCUGAGGAUCUACUGGGAUAAUCUGAAAGAGCCAUCUGUCCUGUCCCGUUGGAACCCAUGGGCCACAGAUAUCCCUUAUGCAACUUUCACAGAACAUCCAGUGAAGAAUAGCACUGAAAGGUUCAGUGCCAUCUGCCAGAUGUCCGAGUUCACUACUCAGCUGGUCCGGGCCAUUCAGACUGCCCAGAGCAAGAACCCGGCGCCAGGCAAAACCAGCGGAGUUGUGGUCCUGAAUCAACCCCUCCUGAUCAACACCUACACGGGUUUUAUGUCUUUCAUCGGGAACCAAAACAAACUUGGUUAUUCCCUUGCCCGUGGGAGUGUUGGCUUUUGAAGCUCUCCAUGGUGGGGAGUGCUUUUUAUUUGUUAAUGUCACUGUCCUUUAAAUUCUGCAUAUAGCCCCAUUUCUUUUAGAGGUUAAAAAGAUGCAAAGGUUAAGUGAUGCAUAGGUCUUGUGCUGGCCCUCUGCCCAGGGGCAAAUUUCCCUCCCUUUGCAAUGUUUUUCCUGGGCCUUUCAGCCCUUACUGUGUAUGAAUAUGGAUGCAUUAUAAACUCUUUACGGUGUGUGCAAUAGAAAUGAAUCAAAACCAGGACUCCACACCUGAACCCUGCCAAACUCUGGGAGAAGUUCAGAUCUGAAGUUGAAUCUUUGCAGCUGUUGCCCAUCUCUUGUGUAAAAACUCCACCCCAAACUAAGCUGUCUAGCCCAGCCGGCCCAUUGCUAAUGUCAAUGCAGUGGCUGCACUGCUUAAAACUGGGGCUGUGUCCGCACGGGCUCUCUCAGUGAUAAUGCUUUAGUCAUUCAGGGGUGUGAAAAAACACCCCCCCCCCCCCCGAGUGACAAAAGUUUUAGCACUUGAAAAGCUCCGGUACAGACAGCGCUUUAUCGCCGGGAGCGUGACUACACUGUCCCCGUCACAGAGCUGCUGCAGCCGCGCUGCAUUGUGAGCCGCGUAGACAGACCCGCAGUGUCCCUGGAAAUCUGCAGUGCAGGACCUACAGCUACCCAUUGCCUCUUCAGUGACCAUGGGGCUCUGAAGUCUGUUUCCCAUCUCGGGGUUCUAGGAACUUUGCAGCACAGUAAGUAGGUGCUUGCUUCAAACAUCAGGACUAACAUUCACGCUACAGAGAAAUAGUUUAACUGAUCUCUGGAGGUGGCCCGGAAUUGAUACGAGCCUUUAGCUAUCUGCACUCUCUCACAUGCCGGAUAUAUUAUUUUGUGCUUGCAUCUAUAUCUGUCAAUCCGUGCCUGGAAAUGACAUCCUACACUAUCCUCAGUGCUGCCCUUUAAGAUCUCUCUUGUUUUUUUAAAGAGCCGCUGUGUUUGAAAUUCUGUUUGGAUCACUUGGAGAAUCUCUGGAGUAACCCAGUGACACAUCUGGAAAGGAAUUUUCUCUGUUUCUCUGGUCACAUGACACCUGGUCCAAAGCCCUUCAGAGUCAUUGGAAAGACUCUCAUUGCUCUGAACUCUUUUCAGAUCAGACCCAUUGCAAAAGACAACAGUGAAAUAAAUAUCUUGAAACAAAUCUUAAAGGAUAAAAAAAAAUGUUUACUCAUAAACUUUUCAUAUUCUGCAUAAGAUGUUAGAAUGGGGGAAAAUCCAACAAAACCAGACACAUUAUUUUUUGGACUCUUCAGAAUAUUUUGGCUAAAUAGAUAAGUGGCUAGUAUAAUUGGGUCUCAGAGUUUGUUGGUUUUUAAGGAUCAGCA